UCAGUUCAAGCGUAGUACUGCAGUAUAUGUUCGUCCAGGAUCUGUUCAACAAUGUCUACUCUUUUCUUUAUCGUUCUCCUCUUAUGCUCUGAAUAGCCCAAGAAUCGCAAUUAUGUUAAUCCAAAGCCUUGUUUUCGCAGCUUACACAGUCAUUGCAGCUGCAAGUUGGGAUGGAAACAUCAACUACGGCAGUCCCUCCUUGAGACAUUCACCUCUGGGUAUCAAUACCCACAAAGUCAAGAAGCGAAUACUCCGGAAACGAGACGGAUCAUACUGUCAUACCAAGGACGUCAAGUUCACACAUGGUGUUGCAUCAGGCGAUCCAUUCGCCGAAUCAGUCAUUUUGUGGACAAGAGCUUCGCCAGUUCUCGAGAAUGAUGCUUCGAAUGUGACUGUCAAAGGUACAGUGCCGUACUUCAGCCACGAGACGGAGCGCUAUAUCAAGGCCUCGAAGUCGCCGAUCUGUGUUGAUUGGAAGGUAUCCUCCAGCUCAAGUAUGAGCGAUCAGAUUGUAUCGCAUGGUAAAGCCUACACCACGUCUGAUAUUGACUACACCAUCAAGGUCGAAGCUAGUGGACUUAGUCCCUUCACUACCUACUACUACCAGUUCACAGUGUGCGGUACCGAUACGACUUCGCCAAUUGGGCGGACAAAGACCGCACCUGCUCCGGAGGAUGAUGUGUCAUCCCUGAGUUUGGGUGUCUUCUCGUGUGCGAACUAUCCUCUCGGCUACUUCAACGCAUACGGCAACAUUGCUCGAAAGGACAGCGUUGACUACGUGCUGCACCUCGGUGACUACAUCUACGAAGAUGAGGUUGGUGUUCCGGGCGAAGAUGAGCGCGCUAUGGUUCCUGCAAAGGAGAUUGUCACGCUGUACGACUAUAGGACCAGGAUUGCACAAUAUCGAAGCGAUGAAGAUCUGCGAGCAGCUCACGAGAAGUUUCCGUUCAUCACAGUCUGGGACGACCAUGAGAUCGCCAACAACAACUGGCGAGACGGAUCCAGCACAAUGAACAACACCGAGGAGUCAUUCAAUGAAUUCGGUGGCAUCUCGUUCGAUCAAAGGAAGAUGAACGCCGUUCGAGCGUACUUUGAGUGGAUGCCUCUGCGACAGAUCGAUAUGGAUGACAACCUGCGUAUCUGGCGAAGCUUCCAAAUGGGCAAGUUACUUGAUCUAGUGAUGCUCGACACUCGUAGCUAUGACCGAAGUAUUACACGGGUUGGAUGGAAUGACGAAUACGUCUACGAGAUCUCCAACGACGCCGGCCGUUCAAUCAUGGGUUCACAUCAAGAAAACUGGUUCUUCCGCCAACUAUCUGAGUCCAAAGAGCGCGGUGCAGCAUGGCGCAUCAUCGGCAACCAGAUGAUCUUCUCGCAUAUCAACAGGACUGGAGAAGGCGACCGCGAUAUUCCUGUUGACGUAGAUGCCUGGGAUGGCUACGUUGCCAGCCGCAAUCGAACGCUGAAGCACCUCUACGACAACAAAAUCGACAACACGAUCAUGCUGGCCGGUGACUCUCAUCAGAACUGGGUGUCCGACCUAGUUUGGCUCGACAGCGUGGAGUACGACCCUGCAACAGGCGCCGGUGCAAUCGGUGUCGAGUUCGCAGUGACUGGGACAACAAGCAACGGCCUCGAUGGGCCCAUCGCGGAGACAGAAAAGAUCAGCGCAGCUUUCAUACGCGACAACGAAGAGCUAUUAUGGCAAGAAGGCUACUACCGUGGCUACACAGAGCUGCACGUCUCCAAAGACAAGCUCAAAGCUCAGUACUGGGGAACGCCGACUGUCGCAAACCGAAACGCUUUCGAGAUCUCUCUGGCAAACUUCACCGUCGAUGCUGGGGACAACCACGUCGCACGUCCAGUUGCUAAUGGUGUAGUUGAGGCGGGUAGUAUUGCAGAAGGCCAAGGCGAAGUUCGAGCUACGAAUUUGACCAAGAACCUGGAGACGGGUGAAUGGUCGGUCCACGCGUUCGAUACCAUGUUCCUGGAGUGGGCUUUAGAGUGGUGAGAGACGUCGUUGCUCAGGUUCCAUUAGCGGCUGGUACCUGGAACACUCGGUUUCAAUCUGAAACAAGGGCAAAAUGAAGUCUGGUGAGCGGGUGAGAUUGGUGGUGUUGCUCGACCCGUCGCGGUCAUCCGUCUUCGCUUGCUUCCAGCUUC